CUGGGUGCCUUGGGGCUUGACCAGUACUGCUACAAGAGGACACUGUCACUAAACUGAAACCAAGCUGAAACGACUCAAAAUUUAUUAACAGGAACACCAUGGCCUCCGUGUAAUUCACUUACUUGCCAUGUCGUCCAUCAUGGCGCAUUUCGGUCGUGCCUCUUACCUGGGUAAUCAUCCGCUGCACCAUCGUUGUUUCUGGUAUCUGCCACUAUCUUUACUUGCUUGAUCUUAUCAGCCACUUGUUUCUCAGCUCUCACUGUUAUUUCAUAUUUCAGCCAAAAAAUCAUAACAUGGCGCUCCAAUCUCGUCCGGUGCCUAUGAAUGCUUCACCACACCACUCCAAGGUCAAGGUGUCCCUGACGCUAUCUGACCCCAUAUUUGUGGCUGGCAAUAACAUUUCUGGAAAAAUGGAAGUUGAAUGUCACGGUGAUGGUGAAUACGGUCUUGGAAUUGGUCUUAUGAUGGUCGAAUUAUUCGCCGUCCAAGAAAUUACGUCUCGUGACCACUCAGGCACUUCCACCUUUAUCCACUCCCGCAGACUGUUCCAAGGACCAGGACUCCCUCCAUCGAAUGCGAUCCAAUCUGACUUCGAUUCUCCACCUGCAGAAUCAUCCCUUCCGGCCCAUCACUACCCUGCACGUCGUGGUCUCACUACAUUUUUCUUUCGCUUUCCUCUCCCGGCUUCGUCCCCCGCCUCAAUAUCAUUCGGUCCUGCUCAAAUACGAUAUGAAAUACGAGCGAGCGUGGGCGUGGCUUGGAGAGGAGAGAAGCGCCUCGUGACUGAUCACCAAAACGUCAACGUAGUCGAAUAUUGCGAUAUCCGAGCACCAUCGAAGCGCCCUCAAGGUUUCGCUAUCGCCGAGGGUGGAAACAUUUGGGCCCAAGCUUUUGUUACGAAUGGUCCCAUCAUCGCUGGGGAGGUCGCUUGUGUCGACUUGCACCUGAAGAAUCAUUCACUCAACUGGACGUCUGGGGUUACACUCACACUUUCUCGUGAACUUCGACUAUCGUCACCUUCUGUGGAUAAGGACGCGUUUAAAAUAACCGAAAUAAUCACUGAGGUUGAGUUCAGGGGUCACGAGUAUCUGGUCCCCCCUGGCAUCGAAGGCAUUGCCAACUUAGUGAUUAAUAUCCCUCGGUCUUCCCGUGGAUCUCGCGGUGGUGCUCGUGUUGGCGAUGAUGGAAACACGACUGACGGUUUGUUCGAAGUUCUUUGUAACUUGAGACUCCGGAUUGAUAUGCCUAUUGGGAGCGACCCUGUCAUAAUUAUAAUUCCGCUGGACAUUUACCAUCCUUUGGUGGUACCUAGAGCACACGCGUCACCCUACGCCAUCCCUGCAACUUCAUCACAGCCGUAUGCAUCACCUCCUACACACGCUUAUCCGCUCUCACCGCCUCCUGGUGCAUCCUACGUGGAUCCUCAUUUUUCAUCACAGCAAUACGACCCACUACAUACGUACUGGCCACCACCGUCUCUAAUUGCAGAUUAUAAGCCCUUCACUCCUGCAUUUUCGGAGCAGUAUUAUCCUCGGGAUUCAUUUUCAUCUAAUCCGCACUUCCAACACUAUACGCCACUACCACCUCGACCAGCAUCGGCCGAACCUCACCCCCAGAUGCCGUAUUAUGACACAAGCCUACCAUCAGGUCUUCCUACAUCAGCAGCCCAUCUUCUGCCGCCCCAUCCACCUAUUUCAUAUUGUCCUCCGCAGACUGUCGAAAGCAGCCCCCAGUACCUCGCGGAUCCGGAAGAGGGUAAAGGCACUCGUGCAUCUCGCAUCUCCCAAACGCUGCGUUUGUCCUCUCGACACCGCUCAGUCUCACCACUAUCGCACAGGUUUCCUUUGCCUCAGCCCCCUGCUCAACACGUGUCCCCUAGUCGCCCGCACCCUGGCGCAAUCCAGAUCCCCACCCUUCCUAAUCCUCACAACUCUCAAGGUGUAUUGCACUCACCACGCCCCAUCCCUUCACCAAAACAGUCCUACUCGGGCCCUUCUCCACGCAGCGAAAAUGUGUGUGCCCUGGAACGCAUGGCAGACGAAGUCGGCAGGUAUAGCGGCGAUCUAAGCACAGAUCUUCCAAAGUGCGCGGAAAAUGUAGACUCGAACGUGGACAAGACGCUCCCUAGUCCUCCUAUCCCCUCCGGUAAACGACCAUUACGUGUUCCACAGCACGUCCAGGCAGCAUUUCCAGAUACUACUGUUCCUGAUCGCUCUGCGCCCAAGCCUGAGUUGGAGCUCGUUUUCCCCCCUCCACCGACGCCACCACUCGCAACUAUAACUCCUGUCAAGUUCCCGCGCGCACCGACUGAGUUAUCUGGCCUGAGCACUAAGUACGCCAAGGGCACCCCGCAAGAGAGCGGCCUGGACGCCCUCGAGCGGCGCCUGCUCGCAGAGGUAGGGACACGCCGCCAAGACGUAGUUGAGCUGCGCCCGGGCUUGCGCAGCGUCGUGCAGCCAAUCAAGAUUCCAGCAAGUGGGGCUCCCGCGGGUGUGAAUGACAGUGCCAUAUCAAGCCUGACACUUGCAGAUCGUGACGCUUUCUUGCGAGGUAACGAGGACGAGCAGGAGCAGGAGCAGGAGCAGGAGCAGGAUCAUGAUUCAGAUGAGAGGACGCAGCACCGAGGUGGUCGUCACAGUCAGAGUGAUGAUGAACGUGAGGUGCGCACCCAGAGGGGACGGGGAAGAGCGAAGAGCAAAUAUAGCGAUGAGGGUGAUGAGAGGCGGGUCGCGCAGAAGCGGGAGCGGAAGAGAGGCAAGGAGGGCGAUGUGCGGAAACUGCGCAGUGAGGUCAAAGGGCGGAUUGCAGCAUGGCUAGGGGAGAUCGACACAAGCCCACCGCUUGUGGAUGAUUUGUUAUCUACGAUGUCGCCCACUGCAUCCCACUUCGUUCCUAUCACUGACAACGAGCCUUUCGCGCCACCACCAUCGUCGGAAGACCUGUUGCCGUCGUCGGGCGAUCAAGAACGUGGAGGAACAUCAUUCAAUGACGUUUCUGCGGCUCCCAACCCACGCUCGUCUGGCUUUGUGACUAUUUCCACGCUCAAGGCUGCUGGCAUUCGACAUUCUACUGCGCCUGCGCCGGAAAAUAUGCAUAGUAGUUCUGAUGCCGAAAAGAAAAAUCUCGCUGCGGAGUCGUUGGCACCGGGUCCAAUCUUGAGAAGGAUGUCCGCAGGCCAGUCAACCAUUGCAACACCGAUUGGGAGCACACCACUUGCAGGACCGAAAUCUCCCGACAUCGCAAGGGCUGAUCCCAUAUCCGCAGUCACUCGCCAUUUCGUGUCGCCUCAUCACCCCCGCCAUUCCCCUCAACCGCUUGGCCCAGAUAUGAAGUACAAUGUCCACUCUGCACGCGGAGGGAAAGGCGGCAGGGUCACUGAAGUUGCUUCGCUGUGGGCCGCAAAAGCGGAUGCAACUCAGACGCAGGCGAAGCAAAAUUGGGCUUCUCAGUCCGUGAAGAAACCUGUUAACCGUGGUGGAAAGUUACCCGUCAAGUCCCCAUUGCCAACAUCGCAAACCCAUGGUCCGGCAGAUACGAGCAGGGAGGGACGCGGGAAGGCCACCAAAGCGACAACAGUUCCUGCUGUUAUUUCAUCCUCUCAUGCUGUGCCCAUGCUUUCGUCCACCGCUUCUCUUGCUCGUGCAUCACCCAACCCCCGGACUCCAGUAUCUCGCCCUCUACCUCCAAUGAUUUCGGAGACAAUAUCAGAUCUUAGAAGUGUCGUUAAGACUCCCGUUCCCAGAGUUACUCGCACCCCUGUUAACCUUGGAUUUGGCCAGGCACGUCUCAGGGACUUAAUCAAGAAAUAUCAAGGAUAAUUUGCUUGCUCGUUACUGUAUCACCGAUGUAUGUGCUUCUUUGACUUAUGUUUUGCUUAUCUUGUUGUUUUAUUUCCUUGUUGUUUUGUUCUGUUUUGUGUUGUUUUGUUGGGACUAUCUCGCAGUCGAUUGCACUCGAUGUAUGUUUUAUACGACUAGACACGAGGUUGAAUCAUCAUAGGCUCAACCCUGAU